AUGUCUUGCUUCUUGUCUUGUCCCCGUCGUCACUGUGAGACUGACAUCAAUGAAUGUGCUGACUCCCCCUGUCUCAAUAAUGGGACGUGCACAGAGGUCAGACCCAGUAGUUUCGUUUGCCAGUGUCCUCCAGGGUUCAAGGGCAGCAAGUGUGAAACAAAGCUGUGUGAGGCCAACUUGGACGAAUGCACAAUUCUGAAACCUUGUGUAAACAAUGCAACCUGCCGGGAUGGCAUUAAUGGAUACCUCUGUGAGUGUCUGCCAGGCUGGUCAGGUCCCAAGUGUGAAGUAAACAUUGAUGAUUGUCUGUCGACACCCUGCCAGAAUGGAGGUAACUGUACGGACUUGGUCAAUGGAUAUAGCUGUACCUGUGAUUUCGGCUAUGCAGUGUCAUCAUCUCACACAGCUAGUGUCAUCAUCUCACCUUACACAGCUAGUGUCAUCAUCACCUUACACAGCUAG